AUGACUCAACCUGUGGGGAAGAGAAUUUUGAAGAUAAUUGAGAAGAAAAAAGAGGUUGCAAAGCAUUGUCUGGUUACUAGGUCUAACAAGUUUCAGUUUCAGGUUCAAUGCAGCAAUGGUAGUGCCUUGGUUGUCGAUUUGGAAUUCAGAACUUGUACAUGUAGGAGGUUUCAACUAUCUGGGCUUCCUUGUGGCCAUGCACUAGCUACUAUCUGGUUCAUGGGAGGUAAUGUCUUUGAUUAUGUCCACGGAUUCUAUAAAAAAGAAUCAUUGCAAAAAGCAUAUGGACAGAGUGUGCAUCCUAUGCCUAGUCCAGAUAUGUGGCCUCAGACAGGACUCAACCCAAUUGAUCCACCACCUGAGACGAAGCUGCCUGGAAGACCUAAGAAAGCUAGGAGAAGGGAGACAGAUGAACCUCCACCUGCUUUAAAGAAAGCUCGAAGAACUGGACAAGUUAAAACAUGCAGCAAUUGUCUGAAAACAGGCCAUAGGAGAGAAACAUGCAAAUCUGCUAAGGUGGUGGUUGAGAAUCGUGUGGUCAAAAAGCGAGGUCGUCCACCACUGCAGAACCCAACUGAAUCCACACUUUUAAGGAAGGAAAGAAGACUGAAACAGCAUGCUAAAGGAGGAACUAGUGGUGCAACCAAUGCUCAACCCGAUACUGUCUGACUGGAAGGAGGAGUUUCAUCUUUUGAUUUUAUUUUGAACUAGUGGU